AUGGCAGAAUCGAGGCGCAGGGCAGAGAUCGAGUCCAAGAGGGCCAAGUUGGCCGAGCUGAAGAGGGCCAGAGAAGAGAGGGACAGAAGGAUAGCUGCUGGUCGAGGGGAGAAAGGUUCAGAGGUGAGAGUGUGCUAUGCGGCCAGGCCUGCUCUUCACGCUGUUUGUCUCUGACGUGUACGCUGCUCGGCUAUAGGCGAGCACUCCAUCAGCCCGGAAAGAUCUGGACGAUCUGGUCGCAACUCUUGUAGGCACUUCGGCGAGCGCCAGCGGAGGCAGAUCAGGAUCGAGCAGCGCUGUAGGACGUAUGCCAUCUUACAGCACUGCGGGAGGUGAACCUUCGUCUGAUGGUGCGACUGGUGCAGGAUUAGCCGUCAAUAGCGACAGUCCGGGCAGAGGAGGCAGAUUGUCCACUGGUCCCGGGGCUUCGAGCGAAUAUGGGAGUGAGGCGAUGGGCAGAGAAGACGGAGCAGAAGGGUGAGUAGUGCCUAAUAUGGCUGGCUAUUCAGAGUCAUUGCGUGCUUAGCACCCAUCACCUCGGUCUGCAUGCUCUCAGAUUGUAUGCCAGGACGCCUCAACUCAUCUCGGGCGCCCAAGAAUUGUUCGAAUAUCCUCAAAAGGAGAGAGUGUAUUAUACCAAAGAAGUACAGACCACGUCGACUUCGACGGACGAUGAUAUGGGCGAGAAUGGCUUUGUAGGUGAAGGGGCUGGCGGCGCUGGGGGGGAAGCGCGCAUACCUGCAGCAGCGGAAGCAGCUCUGAGAGCGAAAAUCAAAAAGGAACUGGAAGAAGCUCAAGAAGCGAAAGAGGCGGAAGAAAUGAAGUUAGAAGAGGAGAGAUUGGAAAGAGAGAUCGAGGAGGGUCUCAGAGGUGAGCGUGCGAUUUUCAGAGCUCGUGCUAACAUAGACCUCCUCAAGACCCGUUGACCCCAUCUCGUGCCUUGCGCAGAGCUUUCAUCGGCGGAACUCAAUUCGAUCUAUGGAGCGCAGGACUUCACCAGCUUUGUGCAGACCAGCUCCAAGAUUGUCGAAAGGGCCCUCACAGACGCCUACGACUUUAUGAAGGAUUAUACAAAGGACGAGAGCGGAGCUGGGUGAGCAACGCAUUUUUGAUCUCGUCGUUGUGCGCAGCGCACAGAUGAUAACGUUACCUCGAUGCCUUGUGACAGGGACGAAGCGGAAGCGCGCCAAGUGAAGGUGGUACGGACCUUUUGGGAUGACAAGCUCUGCCGCGGAAGGAGCGUCACUGACCUGGACUGGUCGGCCAGAGUGAGUCGUGCGCGACCUUUGACACUGGUGGACGUGCCUUUGGCGAAUGUCCCUCUGGGCUCCUCUGGAAGUCGUGGUCUGGGUCUCGCAGAUGACCACAAGCGAAAUCCGACAUGUGAUGCGCAAUGGGACUGGGUUUCCUUCCUGUGUUACCUGAACGUCAAUCGUACUCACACCUUUCUCGUCCCGUGUUUGCAGCAUCCCGAACUUAGCGUUGCCAGCUACAGUCGAUCUGACGCAAUCUCGAAUGAAGACCCGGAUGGCGUGGUUGCUGUGUGGAAUAUGCAUCUUGCAGACAGGCCGGAGUUCGUCUUUCACGCUCAGGUAAGUCGGUGCGCAGGCAAGGUCUGCUAGGCUCAUGCAGGUCGAGUCACCCUGACGAGCUUCAACACCUCCCAUGACAGACGGACGUGCUUUCGACCAAAUUCUCGCCCUUCAACCCAAACUUGGUCGUGGGCGGAACUUACAGUGGACAGAUCUUGAUCUGGGAUACUCGAAGCGGCACAUUGCCAGUCCUCAAGACGCCGCUCUCUGCUGCUGGUCAUACGCACCCAGUCUACUCUUUGCAAAUUGUGGGAACCCAAAACGCGCACAAUCUCGUAUCCGCGUCCACGGAUGGAUUAGUGUGCGGCUGGAUGAUGGACGUGCUGGCCAAGCCAUCGGAGGUGCUUGAGCUGCUUUCGCCUCACCACACCAAGACUGACGAGGUGUCCGUUACCUCUUUCGGCUUCCCGGAUCAAGAGACGGUCGAGUUCCUGGUGGGCACCGAAGAGGGUCACAUUUUCCCUUGCGCUCGCUUUGAUCGAGCAAGCGGGAAAGCUGGGUUGAACGCUUCUUACGUUCUCAAAGGUCACGCAGCACCUGUGUCAUCCUUGCAUUUCCACCCGCUCUACGGGCCAGUGGAUUUCUCAGACUUGUUCCUCAGCUCCAGCAUGGAUUGGACUAGCAGACUGUGGAGAUUACCUGGUCAAUCGGCCGCUGCCGCUGGGGGAGCCCCCACUGCACCUGGCGUGUCUUCGCUAGGCUCCGCUGCCGCUUCCUUUGCGUCUGCUGGCAUUUCUGGCGCAUCUUCCUACAACACGAGCGUCGUUGAACCGGUCACGACGUUUGAAGAGGCACCAGAAUAUGUCUAUGAUGUCAGGUGGCACCCUACACAUCCCGCAGUCUUUGGUCAGGUGGACGGCGUGGGCCGUUUUGAUCUGUUCAACUUGAACGAGGACACCGAGGUGAGCUUUAUGGCGUCUUUUGUUGCAUGCCGAGAGUCGCUCCUCACCAAGGUGCUCUAUUGCCCAUUUGCAAUCUAGCGUCCCAUAUCGAGCACCAUCAUCGGAAACGGCCGCGCGCUGAACAAGCUGGCAUGGGACAAGAAAGAAGGCAAAAAGGCAGCAAUGGGAGGCAUCGAUGGUAGGGUCUACAUCGCAGAUGUUGGCACGCUGGCCCAACCACGCGAAGAUGAAUGGAUGACCUUCCAGAGGACGGUGGCCGACUUGUUGAAUCCCGACAAGCAAAGAGGCAUUCCCGAAACCUUGCCCGCAUCAGCUGCCGAUCGACCUCACCAUUCAGAUGCAAACGAGACCUGA